UUGGAGCAGGGCGCGGCCAUUGGUGACGCACGCCGGGGAGCACGGCGCCCACGGUUCCACCAUUAGCGAGGCCUCACACCCGGCGCUCCAAGUUCGGGGCUGGAGGCGUCCCGGCUUCCUCCCUCCCGGAGGCGGGACCGGCCCCGCCCCCGCGCCCCGGGUCGCUCCCGGCGGCCCCUCCCACCUCCUAGUCCUGGCCUCCCCGGGCGCAGCGCACUCCCCGCCGGCCGCAGCCUGACACGCCGCGCGGCCCCCCAGUCUCCCGCGGCCGCUCCCCCAGGCAUGGCACAGGGCCUCGCCUCACUAUGGCAGCAGCACGGCACAGCACGCUCGACUUCAUGCUCGGCGCCAAAGCUGAUGGUGAGACCAUUCUGAAAGGCCUCCAGUCCAUUUUCCAGGAGCAGGGGAUGGCAGAGUCGGUGCACACCUGGCAGGACCAUGGCUAUUUAGCAACCUACACAAACAAGAACGGCAGCUUUGCCAAUUUGAGAAUUUACCCACAUGGAUUGGUGUUGCUGGACCUUCAGAGUUAUGAUGGUGAUGCGCAAGGCAAAGAAGAGAUCGACAGUAUUUUGAACAAAGUAGAAGAAAGAAUGAAAGAAUUGAGUCAGGACAGUACUGGACGGGUGAAACGAUUACCACCCAUAGUGCGAGGAGGAGCCAUUGACAGAUAUUGGCCCACCGCCGAUGGGCGCCUGGUUGAAUAUGACAUAGAUGAAGUGGUGUAUGACGAAGAUUCACCUUAUCAAAAUAUAAAAAUUCUACACUCGAAGCAGUUUGGAAAUAUUCUCAUCCUUAGUGGGGAUGUCAAUUUGGCAGAGAGUGAUUUGGCAUAUACCCGGGCCAUCAUGGGCAGUGGCAAAGAAGAUUACACUGGCAAAGAUGUACUCAUUCUGGGAGGUGGAGACGGAGGCAUAUUGUGUGAAAUAGUCAAACUAAAACCAAAGAUGGUCACUAUGGUAGAGAUUGACCAAAUGGUGAUUGAUGGGUGUAAGAAAUACAUGCGAAAAACGUGUGGCGAUGUCUUAGACAAUCUUAAAGGAGACUGCUAUCAGGUUCUAAUAGAAGACUGUAUUCCGGUACUGAAGAGGUACGCCAAAGAAGGGAGAGAAUUUGAUUAUGUGAUUAAUGAUUUGACAGCUGUUCCAAUCUCCACGUCUCCAGAAGAAGAUUCCACAUGGGAGUUUCUCAGACUGAUUCUUGACCUCUCAAUGAAAGUGUUGAAACAGGAUGGGAAAUAUUUUACACAGGGGAACUGUGUCAAUCUGACAGAAGCGCUGUCGCUCUAUGAAGAACAGCUGGGGCGCCUGUAUUGUCCUGUGGAAUUUUCAAAGGAGAUCGUCUGUGUCCCUUCAUACUUGGAAUUGUGGGUAUUUUACACUGUUUGGAAGAAAGCUAAACCCUGAAGAUCAAUAGCCCCUAAUCACAUGUGCUGCAAAUAGCCUUCCUGACCUCCAUAUGCUGUACAUGACAUCAAAAUGAGUCAGGCAAUUGAUUGUGAAUUCCUUAAAGUUUUCCUUUUUUUAAUAAUUAUUUUUAAUUUAAAAAAGCAAAUGGAAAAUGUAUAUUUUGGUGAGCUUAGGGUGUUUUUUUUUUGAAAGUCAGCUGAAGGAUGGUUAGACAGCACAGCGAAGACUGCUAAAUGCACUGACCGCCCCCCCAUUAGAAUGUGAUUUUUGUUCCUUUUUAUUUCUCUGUGGGCUUUUGUUUUUGUUUUUGUUUUGGUAGAUCGUCAAUUUGGAUAUUUGGAGGAGUGAACAUCGUUGUUUUGCUGGAGGGAAGAUCUUGAUGGUGUUUCUUUCCCCAAAAAUUGACUUAGAUAUUAAAAUUUGGUGCUUAUAAGAGAGAGUUAAAAAAAAUAGGAUUGCUUCAAUUAAAAUUACAAAAGAGACAUUUCACGUGUUCUGUCGUUUUAUUUCAGCCCAGUCCCCUCUUUCUGACUUGUGAUCUCAUAGAGCAACGGUAUCUCCCGGUCUGUUUUUAGUUCUGUCACUCGAUGUCAUUUAUCGCUUUAUAAUAGGAUGGCCUUGGGGCCUUUUUUGAACAGUAAUAAUGACUUCAUUUGCCACCGUGCUAAAUGAUACACAACCUGUUACAUUCACCAGUCCUUCAUUAUACCAUUGACCUGAGGCUAGCAAGAGAUUUUGUCUGACUGUAAAGUUGAAAGUCAAAAGCUUAUUUCUAUUCCCACUCUUACCAGUGUAUUAGAUGUGGAAAUAAAAGUCAUUUUGGGUAGCUGCUAUGAAACUUUCUGAGCAGAUUCUUGGCUGCACCGAUGUAUGACAGAAUUUGUGGAGAGGCCUGUGGCAAUGUGAGCAACUUGAAAACUCCUAAGGAAGUGCAGGUAGCUAACAGCUUGGUGGUGUUUGUGGGUAACGAUCCACAUCACAUUGACUUGGAUUGUUAGACAUCAGUGGGUUAUUCUGUUGUUUUUAUAAAAGGUUUAUCCUGUAUCAAUGGAAUGAGUCAUUUAUGGUGAAUUUGCAAUAAGCAAAGCAUUAAAAAUGAAAUAUUCAGUGUCCAUUUUGAGAUAGGAUUGGUGUCAACACAGAACAUUCUUCCUCCCAAGGUAGGAAUCAAUAGUAUGGUAUGUAAAAAAAAAAAAUUUUUUUUGAGACAGAGUCUUGGUCUGUCACCCAGGCUGGAGCGUAGUGACCUGACAUUUUUUUUCUUAAAUAAGUGAAUGUCUACUUUUUCUUAUCUUUUUUCUUUUUCUUUUUUUUUUUUUUUUUGAGACAGUCUUGCUCUGUCGCCCAGGCUGGAGCGUAGUGGUGCGAUCUCUGCUCACUGCAACCUCCGCCUCCCAGGUUCAAGCGAUUCUCCUGCCUCAGGCUCCCGGGUAGCUGGGAUUACAGGCGCCCGCCACUGUACCCGGCUAAUUUUUGUAUUUUUUAGUAGAGAUGGGGUUUUGCCAUUUUGGCCAAGCUGGUCUUGAACUCCUGACCUCAGGCGAUCAGCCCACGUCAGCCUCCCAAAGUGCUAGGAUUACAGGUGUAAGCCAGCACGCCCGGCCGCCUACUUUUUCUUUGUAUUAGAUUGGCAUGGAAGAAGAUGAAGAAUAAAGGAGUUAGUCAUGUUGUAAUUAGAUAGACUUAAAUUUUUCUUGUGCACAUAGGUUAAAAAUAGCAUUAGUAGACAUUCUCCCCAUCCCCUCCAACUCUACUGUAGUGCUUUGCAAAGCUCUGUGUACUGUGUAAGAUAUAAAAUGAUGGUAGUGUUAACUGUAGAACACUGUUUGGGGGUCAACAGAAUUGGAUUUUUUCUACUUUAUAAAAGAAACCAGGUAUAUGCUGUCUGGAUAUCGUGUUUUUAAUAACUGGGCAUGACUUUGUACUUGGAGACUAGCUUGAGGCUGGGGCAGCAGAUCCACUGAUAAAUCUGUUGACACAAGUCCUGCAAAGACCUGAGAGGUGGAAAUGAAGUGGAUCAGGUUGUGCCAGGCCAUGGGAGAUACAUUCAGGAGAGAAUAAGGGAUGUGGAAUGGGAAAGAAAGGAAUGGAAAUCUCUGUCUUUUCAUUUUGGGUGAUAACAGUGAAUUUUGACCCAACUCACUUCUUUGUAUUGGAGAAAGGAUGAUGUAUGUUUUGAACAUCUUUGUUACUGUUUUAAAACAAAAGCAUGCAAACUGAACUCUGAUAACUGAAAAUCCCCUCUGCUUUUGCUGACUUUUAAAGAAAUGUUAUAAGAUCUAGCAUUGUUGUUUUACUUUAAUGGCUGUGGUGUUAUAUAGUAUUACAGUCUCCUUUAUAACUUACACUGGAAUAUACUGUAGUAUCAUAUAGCUGCUUUUUAAUUAGAAACAAGACAAAUAUGACUGUUUAAAAUUCCAUUUAACACAUCAGCAGAUGUCAACAAUUUAUUUAAAAAAUGAAAUGCUGCUUUCUCGUAGAAGUGUGAUCGAUUGAAUAUUUUAGAGACUUGACUAAUGGUGAUCCAGCGGGGCUAGAGGAAGGCUAGGUUGACAGUGUUUUUAAUGGGCUGGAGCAGUGCUGAUGUCGAAAUAAAAAUGUGCUAGUACUUCC